AUGGACGACGCCGGAGAGUUCUGCUAUCCUCAUGAUCUAGGUCAGUUUUUCCGUUAUCUGCAAGCAGGGGGGGGGGGCUCGUGUUUUUGGUGGCUGCCGCCGCCAGGGAGAAACGGGGAGAAGCUUGCACGCGGAAAGGAGGCUGCCGCCGCCAGAGGAAAUGGAGCCACCUCCUUCCUCUUAGGCUCCUCGCCGGCGCCGACGCCGGCCACAGGCCGUUUCAUCCCCUCCUCUCCAUCUCCCGCUUGUGACAUCUCCACUGGAGCAACCCACCGCCGCUCUUCUUCCUCCGCUUCGCGACGCCGUCACCACCCUCCUCCGCCUCCUCACUGCGAAGCCUCUGUUCUCCUCGCGAUGUUGCCGUCGGAGCCGCCUCGGUUCGCCGGAGCCGCCGCAGGCCGCCCCCCUCACUACUUUCUCUCUGUUCCUCGCCAUACCACGCGCCAACUUCCAGCGCCGGCCAGCAUCUCACCCAGCAGCCGCCGACGCUUCCCAUCACUGCUGUCGCCCCCGGCAGUUGUCACUGUAGCCACUGUCUUCGGCGUUCGACACCACUGCCUUUGGUAUCCAGCUUCGCCACUUCCGGUGUAUACCGUCGUCACGGCUUCCAGCGACAACAGAUGUCGCUGCCGACAUCUCCAGCAGCCGCCAUCACUGCUCCCAGCUGGCGCCGCCCUCCGGCGACCACCAUCGUCAUCCUCCGUCGCUCACUGCAGUCCACAGCAGCCACUGCUGCCUUCCCCCGUGGCCACAGCCGCCGUCGGCAGCCACCAGCCUCCCCCUCACGCGUCUACUGCCGCUGUCUUUAGUAGAUAUCGUCACCUUCCAGGUAGCCGCAGCUUGGUACUAUUUGGGUAA